AUGACGCCCGUGGCGCUGUUCCGGCCGUGGACGUCGGACGUCGGCGCCGACGCCGAGGCGGAGCCCCGGCCGCUGUCGCAGGAGAAGCUGUCGGCGCUGCUGCCCGUGUCCUACGAGUCGCGGCUGUCCUCCAUCAUCGCGUCGGCCGCCGACGCGGGCCAGCAGCCGUCGCCUCCCGCGUCGCCUCUCCGGCCGAGCUGUCGGGGCUCUGCCGUAGCGCCGGAGGCCGCCGACCCGCAGGCUGGGCCGCCUCGCACCCAGCCACGCGACAGCCGACCCGCGAACGGGCCGAGCGACGCCGCGACACUGGACUACCUGUCGGAGCUGUACCUGGCGUACAGCUGCGGCUACGGGCCGCUGCUGGCGCCGUACCCCGCCGGCGCGCACUUGCCGGCGCCGAGCCCGGAGGCGCAUCUGCAGCAGCAGCAGCGCAAGCUGAGGCCCAAGAAGCACCGCUGCCCGCACUGCCACGUCGCCUUCAGCAACAACGGCCAGCUGCGGGGCCACGUGCGCAUCCACACAGGCGAGCGCCCUUUCCGGUGCAGCUGCGGCAAGAGCUUCACGCGCAACGAGGAGCUGACUCGCCACAAGCGCAUUCACUCCGGGGUGCGGCCGUACGCCUGCUCCGUCUGCGAGAAGCGUUUCGGCCGCAAGGACCAUCUUAAGAAGCACGCCCGCACGCACGCGCCGUCGCUGGCCGUGCCGCUGCAGUUCCCGCUGCCCUACCCGCUGCCCUUCUUGUACGGGCUGUAACGACGCACCGGAGCCUGGGAGACUCGCCCUGUGGCAAAGAAGGAAGUCUGUUAUACACAAGAGGGUACCAAGCACACAACUGUCACCUUAGACCGUAGACACUUAUAGAACGCUUUGUGCUGUGUUGUGGUUUGGAACCAACAUCGAAGUCACGAGAUGAGUGAACUAAAGCCUAUUCACUGUUAUUGCGCGCUAUGCCAAGUGGAGGUGACUGUUACAAUUAUUUUUCUGCGUGUAAGCUAAACCCAAACAGUGACUUUUACAACUAAGUGACCUACUAAAUCAGUAUUAUAUUUUUAGCACUACAAUUAAAGUAAUAACUGUGGUAUUUCCAAUAUUUUUGUGAUGUUUCCGCCAGGUGAAGGCGUAACGAAGUGUGAAACAUUCAUACCUGCAAUUUUUGUACAAGCUUCAGAACUAUGCUUUCUUCAGAGAAUUCGCCUUUAUUGCUAUAACUUGCGUCAUUUGGGUUACUGCUUCCACAAGAUUGGAAGACAGGGCAUCAGUUCGACUGGGAACGAUUAGUUUUCAAGCAUUUUCUCAAAAAUAUGCUUGAAAUAUUUCUUAUGCUGUUCCAAGAAAUAACAUCCGAUUUUGUCUAUCAUGUUACAUUGAUAAAAAUACAAAAAGAUCCAUAUUACAGCUCUUUUCAGGUGCAAUUGAGAUUCCUUGUGUAUUUUUCUAAACUAAUGGUUUCCUCUAUUUCUAUUCUUCAGGUGCUAAAUGCAAGGAAAAUAAAUGAAAACUCAGUGCGCUUCAUAUGGUAUUCCGGUACCAAAAGCCCUAAGUGAAAAAAAUUUCAGGCGAAAAGCAUUUGCUGUAUCGGUCUGUUUGGGCCUUUGCCUUAAAAUUCUGCCUUUUAAAGGAAAGAGCCCAAACAUUUCUUCAUACUUCAACAGUCGAAAACUGUUACCAAUGUAGAGAUUAUGUCAAACUACCGAGACAGGGUCUGAGAAUUUCAUGGGUCCGGCGGCGACACUACUGCCACCUUUCGACUCCACCCGACACUGCAACAGGUGCUUCAGCAAGGAAGGCGGUGGGUCGGUCUCCUGCACGUGGCAACGCAACAAGUGCUUCGCACCACGCAGCGGUUAGGUAAUGUUUAUCCGCUGCAAGAAAUCUCUUGUUUUCUAGGUGCUGUGGUUUGUGUUUGCGUGCCAGACAACGUACAUUAGUCAGCAUCUAGUAGCGAAGGUUCCUUGAUAUUACGCACUGGAGACUAUUUUCAGUGACUCAAAAUCAGACAGUAUGUGGUGGCACAUCGCCGUGACAUUUAACAAUUCUUGUUGCUAUAAAUGCCCAACAGCAGACUGAUUUCCAGCGGAAGUACAAGUAGUCUGCAGCAAGGAUGCACAAUUUUUGCAGAUAUUUUUUUAAUAUUUCACAGCCGUUCUCCCGAGUUUGUUUGUCAAUUUAUGAGUUUAUAAAUUCUAACGCAACCAGCUAGUAAUCCUUGUGUGGUGGUAGCAAAUCAAUUUGUUCUCACAAUUUGCAACUCUUAAUUCAAACAGAACUGUGCAACAGAAUGUGUAACUUCGUUUAGGCUCAGGCAAGUGAUACCAAACAGAUUACGUUAAGCUCAUUUGUGAAGAUAGUACGGAAGGUCGAUUUCAUGUCUUUAGACUCGAGUGCCUGUAUGUCUUCACGUAAGAAAAUUGGGUUAAAUUUCUAGCUACUUCCACCUGACGCAUAUGUUGUUGCAUCCAUCAGCUUAAAUUCUGUUCUUUAUAGAAUGUUAACGUUCGUUAAGCUAAACAAAGAUAACUGCAUUAAGACGAGCUUUCCUUGUCGUCAUAGACUUGGUUGAAAGUCGAUACUAUUAUUUGACGUUUCUUAAGCAGUAACCAUAUUAAAAGAGAAAUGUUGCAACUUUACAAGUGUGAGAGAAAGAAACAGUUAAUUCCUAUGAUCUCUUCAUCGACAGUAAUUAUGUAUUUUCUGCUGGAUGAAAAUGUAAAUAAGGAUCGUAAUGUAUUUUAUAUCGCAAAUUCUGUAAUAU